AAAUGCAUUUUGAAAAUCACAUGCAUCCAACUGUUUUAAAGUGUCAAUCUUGUCCCUUUAUGAGUUUUUUUUUACUGUCAAAAAUAGUCAUCAACGCGCUUUCACUCAUUUCCUUCUUUCUUCUUAAUUAACAUGCAAAUAAACUCACUUCAUUAUUACUAGCAUAAAUUGAACUUGAACUUCCUCACUUUACACAUUACAUUUUCUGAAACUAUACACUUUCCUCCUUCAGCUGUUGGUGGAAAUUAACAUGGGGGCACCGUUCCAAGGAAUCAUUCAAGAUGUUCAAGGAAGAGUUAAAUGCUAUAAACAAGAUUGGGCCUGUGCAAUCUGUUCUGGUGUUAGUAUUUUGGCUCCGACUUUCUACAUAUUCUUUGCUUCUGCACUUCCUGUUAUUGCAUUUGGAGAGCAACUUAGUAGGGAUACAAAUGGAAGCUUGAGCGCGGUCGAAACAUUAGCAUCUACUGCUAUUUGUGGAGUUAUCCACUCAAUUAUAGGUGGCCAGCCUUUGUUGAUUUUAGGAGUUGCGGAACCGACUGUUAUAAUGUAUACUUAUCUCUACAAUUUCUGCAAAAAUACACCUGAUUUGGGGGCUGAGCUCUUUCUAGCUUGGGCUGGUUGGGUUUGUUUUUGGACGGCGUUCAUGUUAAUUUUGCUUGCAGUUUUUAAUGCUUGCGAUAUUAUCACUAGAUUUACAAGAAUUGCAGGGGAGUUAUUUGGCAUGCUUAUCACUGUUCUUUUCUUUCAAGAGGCUAUAAAGGGACUGAUAGGUGAGUUCAGCAAUCGCAAGGUUGAAGAUCCUUCCUCUGUGCAAAUUCAAUGGCAGUAUACAAAUGGAUUACUUGCAGUCAUUUUCUCUCUAGGACUAAUCGUCUCUGCACUUAAAAGCAGAAAAGCAAGAACAUGGCGAUAUGGAACAAGGAAGCUACGGGGCUUUAUUGCAGAUUAUGGGGUUCCAAUGAUGGUAGUGUUGUGGACUGCAGUAUCUUAUAUAAAGCCAAGCACCGUUCCACACGAUGUUCCUAGAAGGCUGUUUUGUCCGCUUCCCUGGGAACCCGCAUCUCUUUAUCACUGGACCGUAGUGAAGGAUAUGUGGAAGGUACCUGUGGUUUAUAUAUUUGGGGCAGUUAUUCCAGCUUCGAUGAUAGCGGGUUUAUACUUUUUCGAUCAUAGCGUGGCUUCUAAGAUGGCACAACAGAAAGAAUUCAACCUUCAAAAACCAUCUGCCUACCAUUUUGAUAUUUUCCUACUUGGAAUAAUGACUUUGAUUUGUGGUCUCCUUGGCCUUCCUCCUUCAAAUGGAGUCCUUCCACAGUCCCCAAUGCAUACAAAGAGUUUGGCAGUUCUUAAGAGGCAGCUAAUCCGAAAGAAGGUUGUGAAAAGCGCCAAGGAAUGCAUGGAACAACACAGUACCAGCUCAGAGUUAUACGGGAAAAUGCAAGCUGUGUUCGUUGAAAUGGAUACAGCCCCUAGCGUUAAAGAACUGGAGACUUUGAAAGCAGCUGUAAUGAAAUCUGAUACCAAGGGCGGUGCAAUGGAACCUUUUGAUCCUGAGAAAUACAUAGACGCCAAUUUACCGGUCCGGGUUAAUGAACAAAGAAUGACCAACUUAUUGCAGUCCCUCCUGGUUGGCCUAUCAAUAAUAGGCAUCUCCGUUAUCAAGAAGAUACCAACUUCAGUUUUAUGGGGUUAUUUUGCUUACAUGGCAAUUGAUAGUCUUCCGGGGAAUCAGUUUUGGGAACGGUUAUUGCUCCUCUUCAUCGCCCCAAGCCGACGUUACAAAAUCUUGCAAGAAUCACAUGCCUCAUUCGUGGAGACAGUACCAUUCAAAACCAUAGCAGGAUUUACAGCCUUACAGUUCGCAUAUUUUCUGUUCUGUUUUGGGGUCACAUGGAUACCUAUUGGUGGAAUAUUGUUUCCGCUACCGUUCUUCCUUCUCAUAGUUCUAAGAGAACACGUUCUACCAAACCUAUUCAAUCCUAACGAUCUUCAGGAACUAGAUGCUUCCGAAUACGAGGAAGUUAUCGGUGCUCCACGUGGAGCACGUAGUAUGUCACUAAAGGAUAAGGAGCCAUGUGGUAGUGAUACCGAAGGAAGCUCGGAAGAUUACUAUGAUGCAGAGAUAUUGGAUGAGAUGACAACCAGCAGGGGAGAGUUGAAACUUAGAGCUGUAAGCUUCAAUGAUCGAAACCGCAGUAACAGCUUCAACGAUCGAAACCAAAGCAACAGCUUCAAUGAAGGCAGACACAUUUAGGUUUGAACCGGAUAUUAUGUCUCAAUAUUAACAGUUUCUUAGGAUGCAGAAAGGGUUUGAUUUUUUUUAGUAUGAUUCUUUGAAGAGGAGUGCUCUCAAGAUUCUUUUGUAAUCAGAUAAGCUUGAUGAGGUGAUCUUCUUUGGAACAAGAAAGGAUUCAAUAGGUGAAAGAGAAGAAUUACAAAAAGGAAAAAGAACAGAAACAUUCAUUUGUACUUUGAAAUGAGUUUGAAUAUUAGUAGGAGAGUUACAAUGAAAUAUUGAAAUGAAGGGUCAAUCUUUAACUCACCAAAGAGUUAGGUUGGGUGGAGGAGGGAAAAGAUAGUAUGAGAGUGAAAGGGGGGAAAACAGGGUAAAGAGCAAGGAAUAAGAUAAAAGAAAUAUAUUAUGCUUAUUUUGAAGCUAACAUAUAGGUUAAUUUUAUUCUUUAACAUUCUAUUUGUUAGCAAUUGUUCUUUUGAUUGGAUACAAGAGCUUGAGAGGACAAUUUGAAAAAAUUUAUCCACCAAUCAUAAAAAUUAUCCACUAAUCAUAGAAAUUAUCUAAUUUGUCAA